CAUUAACCAAGGCCCAAGGCCCAAGGCCCAAGGCGUAACCCACUUAGUCCACAUAUGACCCAAGUUCAAGUUCAUUAACGCUUUAGCCUCCAUACCUAAUGUUAUAUAUUCCCAUUAGGGUUUCAUUACGACCUUUCACGUAAGAAGCAGCGCUAAGGGAGGAGGCCGCCGGUAGCGAGGAGAACAUCAACCAAGUAGCCGCCGUAUCGACGUUGAACAACCAUGGUUCACGUCUCUUUCUACCGCAACUAUGGAAAAACCUUCAAGAAGCCACGUCGCCCUUAUGAGAAGGAACGAUUAGAUGCUGAGUUGAAGCUAGUAGGAGAGUAUGGUUUGAGAUGCAAAAGGGAGCUAUGGAGGGUGCAAUACGCACUUAGCAGAAUCCGUAACGCUGCAAGAAUGCUUCUAACCCUCGAAGAAAAAGACCCACGUAGGAUCUUCGAAGGUGAAGCUCUAAUGAGAAGGAUGAACAGAUACGGACUCUUAGACGAGAGUCAAAACAAGCUCGAUUAUGUUCUUGCGUUAACUGUUGAAAACUUCCUUGAACGUCGCCUUCAGACACUUGUGUUCAAGACUGGUAUGGCAAAGUCAAUCCACCAUGCUAGAGUCCUCAUCAAGCAAAGACACAUAAGGGUGGGAAGGCAAGUUGUGAAUGUGCCUUCUUUCAUGGUGAGAGUUGACUCACAGAAGCAUAUUGACUUUUCAUUGACGAGUCCAUUUGGAGGUGGGAGACCUGGAAGAGUGAAGAGGAAGAACCAGAAGGCGGCUGCAAAGAAGGCUUCUGGUGGAGAUGCUGAUGAGGAUGAUGAAGAAUGAAAAGCUUGAAAAAUGUUAUGAGUUUUAUUAUGAGUACUUUUGUUAUCUUGAUAAUAACUCUUUUGUAGGAAGUUUUGAAUGCUUUUGGAAUAUUUUUUGUUGGUUUUUUUACUUGUUUUGAGUUGGAAAAAUUGUGUUGAAUCUUGGGGUUUAAAGUGGUCCAAAAUAUUCACUUUUGCAUUUCAUGCAACAGUUGUUGGGAAGUUUAUCUUGGCUUUGAAACUAGUUUAACAUUUUAAUGUUAAGUUAGCUAACUGCAGCUUCUUUUAAGUUGAAUAUGUAUUGGUUUUUGAAAACUCCAAUUGGAUUUGUCUUGGCUUUAUAAAGUAUUAUGCU